AUGUCAGCCACUGUUUGCUGCGUAAAGAAAGAAUGCUGCUGAAUUUUAACUAUCCUAUCUCUCUUGCUCAUUAUUGGAUUGGAAUUGGCAUCGCUUGGAGUUGAUAGAUGGUUUGAACAAGGUGCUGACCCAUACGAUUGGGAAGGCGGCCUUUUAUCUCCAACGUCCGACUCUAAUUACUACUCAGACUCGAUGAGCUACUCAGACUUCUGGGACGACUGUAACGAUGGUUCCAAUCGUAAUAAGCAAGGAUUAUCUCCAGGAGAGUGUAAAGCCAUGAAGCAUCUCUGGGCGGGUGGAGUUAUUUACAUUCUUUUCGAAACUAUUUCACUGUUUUGUAUAUUCUUGACAAUUUGGUUCUUAUUAAGAGAUAUCUGCAAAAAACCGAGAUUCACAUGGCUUGCAGUUGUCCUUAUUUGGUUUGGUCUUGCAUGGCACUUUUGGGGACUUGUUAUAUGGUCAGGUCUCGCAAAGAUGUUCUGGGGCUAUGAGUGUAGUAGACUUGACUGGGACCAUCACCAAGAGCCUGCUAGAGUCUGUGGGAAAGAAGGCCCCAGCAUUUCUUUAGCAUGCGUCCUUUGGUACUUUGUAGUCUGCAUCUUUUGGAGUCUAUUCUACAGGCUAUACAAAGGAGAUGAAGAAAAGAGCGGAAAAGAAGCUACUGAUAAUGGAUACCAAAAAGCCCAUAAAGCUAGCGAAGUCCAGGAAGACAAAGUUGAAGAGGAAGAAGAAGGAGAGCAUAAGCAUAGACAUCGCCAUCAUCACAGGAAUCGUGAAACAAGUCAAGAAUAA